AUGGACGUCAUCGGUGGGAAUAAGCAAGCACUGGGCGAGAUUCUUUUCCCAAAGGUCUCAAGUCUGGAACCAGCCCUGGCAAGAAAAAUCACGGACAUGAUCCUGGAGAUGACACAAAUAGAUAUCAUUCGGCUCAUUGGCGAUGAUGACGCGCUGCGAGCUCAGGUCCAGCGCUCAAAGGAUGCAAUUCUGCAGUCCUCCGUGGCGAAGAAUGAUGAGAAUUGCGACUCGGACGAUGAGCAUAUCUCCACUCCAACCAGCUCAGAUGAGGAAAGAGAGAAUGCCGCUGCUGAACUCUCUUUCUUGAUGACCACACAGAACACACAAGCUGAGGGCGAGGAUGAGCCACGAAGCGGCCUUGAAAGCAAUAUUCCGUUUCUUUCGUCUGUCACGACAGGUUCUCAGGAUCGCCAUGCGACGACUCAUGCGGAGAGCUCCCGAGAUGAAGCUGGACUGGCUGAAAGUAUUCGCACCCCUGCCGACCCGGACACCAUGGAGGAGGUCGUAGCGAGCUCCACGAUGCUCUCAAGAGACGGAACAUCCAUCGGGUCCGCCCGAGGCUCAUCGCAGCAAGCGAGGGCGAGAGUGGCCCGAAGCAGGCUUGAGCCAGUCGGCGCAUCAGAGCACCCGCUGGCCGGAGACGACGCCAUCGGCCGUGGUCACUAA